CUUCGCCCCCAAAACUUAUAAAAAUAGAAGCAAGUUCAAUACCAACAGCACCAACACAAAAGGAACUUGAAUUAUUUGAGCAAGCAGCAGAAACGAACAAUAGGAACAAAGAAAGGAAAAUUGCAAUUGCCGCUGGGUACCUCAAUGAUUUAGCAGCAGAUUGGUACCGUGAAAAUAAAAAUAAAAUCAAGCAUUGGAAUGAAGAAAGCAGACCCAACGAAAGCUUUUACUAUUUACUCUCUACAUUCUUUGCAACACUCGACCACACCACCAUUGGCAGAUAG